CCGCCGGCGGGCUGGGCCGGAGCAUGUGCAGCUGCGGCAGCACCUGGCAAGGAGCCGCAGCGCCGGGGAUGUGAACCAGGCGGGGAGGAAGGCCCUUGACUCAUCAGAUAAAUCCAGCCCCGCACGGCGAGCGAAGGCGGAGGAGGCGCGGCGGCGAGCCGGGGAGGAUGGCGGGGGACAGCGAGCAGCGGCUGGAGGAGCAGGGGCAGCCCAGCGGCGGGGAGCCCUUCCUCAUCGGGGUCAGCGGCGGCACGGCCAGCGGCAAGUCGUCAGUGUGCUCCAAGAUUGUUCAGCUGCUGGGCCAGAACGAGGUGGACUAUCGCCAGAAGCAGGUGGUGAUCGUGAGCCAAGACAGCUUCUACCGGGUCCUCACCUCGGAGCAGAAGUCCAAAGCCCUCAAAGGCCAGUUCAAUUUUGACCACCCAGAUGCCUUUGACAACGAGCUGAUCGUGAAAACGCUCAAAGAGAUCACAGAAGGGAAGACGGUCCAGAUUCCUGUCUAUGACUUUGUCUCCCACUCCAGGAAAGAGGAGACGGUGACGGUGUACCCUGCCGACGUGGUGCUCUUCGAAGGCAUUCUGGCCUUCUACAGCCAGGAGGUGCGGGACCUCUUCCGCAUGAAGCUCUUCGUGGACACGGACGCAGACACCCGGCUGUCCCGCAGAGUGCUACGUGACAUCAGCGAGCGAGGCAGGGACCUGGAGCAGAUCCUGUCUCAGUACAUCACCUUCGUCAAGCCUGCCUUCGAGGAGUUCUGCUUGCCGACCAAGAAAUAUGCUGACGUGAUCAUUCCCAGAGGAGCAGAUAACGAAGUGGCCAUAAACCUGAUAGUGCAGCACAUCCAGGACAUUCUUAACGGAGGACUCAGCAAACGCCAGAGCAACGGGUACCUGAAUGGCUACACUCCCCCGCGCCAGCGGCAGCCCUCAGAGUCCAGCAGCCGGCCCCACUGACCCGGGCAGAGGCGUGAGGCCGCGGCCAGGCCCCUCUGUACAUACUGUCCACUCGUUCCCCCCUUAUCUAUUUAAGAAACCAGACGGAGACGAAUGCCUUUAAUUUUGUAUGUUCGAAUUUGCCGAGCGAGAAGCAGCCGGUCGCUCGGGAGCCCGGACCGCCCUCAGCUCCCGGCCUUGCUCAAUAACUCCUCCAGCACGGAACCGGCUAUAAAUCUCUAUAAAUAUAGAAUUGCUCUAUUUUUGUGUAAAUGCAGAAUAACGUAAAAUUACUUGCCGUAAGGAA